CCCCUCUACUACGACGUUUUAUCAAACAUGUCCUUCUACUAUUUAUUACAUCAAACAUGCUCAUGUACUUUGUAAAAACGAUCAAAUAUGUCAUUUUGUUUAAAUUUUCAUCCAAAAACCAUUAACCAAGGUCGAACUUUGGUUUGGGCGGCACAAAUGUCUAAAAUAUCCCUAAUAAUUUCACUUUAGAAUUUUUUUUGUUCUUUUGUAUAGCUAAAUAAUUCAAAUAAUUUCACUUUUAAGAGACCCAGAGAAAUAAAACGGGAGACAAAACUGACAUUUUCUCUCCCAUUUGCCGAUGUCGGGUUGUCUAAAUCUUGGUUCAGCCAUGAUUGACGAUUUUUUUCAAUGGAAAUUUUAACUGAAGGGCAUGAUUGAUAAUUUUUUCAAAGUACAGUGGCAUGUUUGCUGUAAAAAAUAGUAGAGAGACAUGUUUGAUAAAACAUCAUAGUAGAGGAGCAUAUUAUACUUAUAACCCUAAAAAUAACUAUAAUACCCUUAAACCAAAUAUCUAUGUUUCUACCAUAUACCAAAAAGUGUUACAUAAAUCAUAGUAGCUAGCCCUUGGUCAUUUGUCUUAACAAGAGGGUCAUAUUUAGAGAUUAAUGUGCGUGAUAUAUGAGUAAUCAAGAACGUGACUAUUAAGUAUGAGCUUAUCUGCUUUUGAUAAAUUUGAAGAGUUUUUUAUUUUAUUUUUAAGAAUGUAGCAUAAGCUCUAUUUGACUAAUACACCAGAAACUGAUAAGCAUUACUUAUUUCUUAAAGAUAAUAAUACAAAAAUACAUAACCAAUUUUGGAUUCAAGUUGUAAUUAUGCAUUUGAAAAUACCUACAACUUGUAAUAUAUGCAAUCUUCAACAAUAUCGUAUGGUAUGUAGUUGACAAAAAAUUUAUUCUAGUUUAAGUCUUGCUAGCCAGCCUAAUAAAACGCACAUCUUUAGCACUUUUGCUGAGAAUAUGAUUUUUCUUUGGAUGUGUAUUAUUAUAAUAUAUACAACCUACAAGGAGACAAUAGUACUACUGUCUACAGGAAAGCAAUUUGGCCUCCUUUUUUUCUUUUCUUUUAAAGAGUAGGUACCUAAUUACUAAUUAGUGUAUUACGCUUCCUCUCAAAAAAGAAUUAAUGAUUCCGUUAAACUUUCAGUCUCUUGCGUUACCAUACUUCUACAUCCUAAGAUCUAAACAUUGGAAACUAAAUUAUUGUAAAGAGUAUUGUUCAUCGUACAUAAAUUCUAUUUUUAAAUAAAAAACAAUUAUAUAGAGGGUAUAUAUAUAUAUAUAUAUAGACCAAAUUAUUUUAAUGUUGAACAUAAAAGGUCGGGAAAUGGCCUAAAAUAGAGACAAACACAUACAUCAUUGGAUUCAACUCCCUAGAUUAACAUCAUUGGAUUCAACUCCACAUAUUAACAAAUUCAAGUUAUAUAAACAUGUUAAAGCAAUGAGAGCGGAACAAGAAAAAAAUAUUGUUGGCUAAAUAUGGAUGAUUAGCUGAUUAGUCAUAUUUAUCCACAAAUAUUCCCAGAACUGCCAGAAGGAACCGAUCAUAUACGAAAUAAUAGUUUUUUCAGGUAGUAAAAAAACAAAAAGGAGAUAAGUUGGUGGUCAACUAGUGACUAAACCAUUUAUAAAAGAGCUCUUUUUUGUCAUAAUAUUGACAACUCUUUAUUACCUUUUUUUAUAUGGGUAGAAUCCUUGAUUUAUCUUUUAUCUGCGUAGGGAGAAUGUCCUAGACCGUACGGGUAGAAUCCUUGAUUUAUCUUUUAUCUGCGUAGGGAGAAUGUCCUAGACCGAACUACGAUGUAAGAUGAAAGUAGUGGAAAAAAAGGAUUCCUGCAAAUCUAACCAAUGAAAUUACAACCAUAUAUAAAACAUAAUUACAUAAAAACAAUUGAAGCCAUUGAUACAUGAACAAAUUAGUUUAGACAAUUUGUUCAUUGAAAAGCAUAAUUGAAGCCAUUGAAGCCAUAAGAUAAUUGAAGCCAUUGAAAAGCAUAAUUACCCAUUUAUUAGUUUAGACAUAUCCCAAGGGAUAUUAUAAUGUCUCCAAAAUUGAAAAUGAAAAAUCAAGAUUUUGGAUAGAUGGAUUAUGUGCUUUUUUAGUUACAAAUUUUUUUUUUUUUGCCUACUACUAAUUAGCUAUUGGACCCGAGUAAAGAAAAGGGUAAAAGGGGAGGUUAUACAACUUGGAAAGUGAUAAUUAUUGUGCAUAAGUCAAGGGUAGGGUGACUAUACGGUCCGGUCCGGUUAAAUUGGCUUAAAUUGAUCUAGUUCAGUCCGUUCUUUUUGAAAAUAUAAGGACCAAAGAUUGGAUUGGAUACAGUCUGGUCUUGACCCGUUCCGGUCCGGUCUUGACCAGGCCCGGUCCCAAUUCGGUUUUGAUUUUAUAUUGAGCUUGUGGGGAUUUGAGUGACCUAAGGCCUGAAAGGGUGAGGAGUUGGUUAAGUUUUGUACUAAGUGCAAAGGUUUGUGACCGUUUAUGCAAAUUACCCUUAAGUUUUGGGUGUUGAGCUCUCUUAUCCGGUCUUUAUACAGUUUUCGAUCCGGUCCAGAAUGAUUUUUUAUCUCAAAUCUAAGCCUAAAGAUUGGAUUUGAUUAUUUACUAUCUGGUCCCGGUCCGGGUUAUAUGAUCCGGUUUCGGAUAAAACCAAAAAAUUCGGACCGAAUAACCAGCCCUAGUCAAGUGACAGUCCUCCUCUCGGGUCGGGGUAAACCGGACAACGAAUUGGACGGCAUGGUAUGCGGGUCCCGGCCCGAAGGAUGGUUGGCGCGGUUCGGUUAAGGCUGUCUCCCGGGUGUCACUAUGGGGCAUGGCCCGCAUGGCCUAUAAAUGAUUUUUUUUUUUUUGUAUUGUAGAUAUUAAUACCUUUGACUUAAGAAUUAGUGCUAAGAAAAAAUUUGGUAUUAACUAAUGUACAUAUAUUUUUACCUUUGACUUAGGAACGAAGAGUAAUUAUAAUGAACACCAAUUAUUACAAAGCAAAGCAUGAUCGAAGAACAUUUUAUUUAUUUUUGGAUGAAUAAUUACUUGCUGCCCCCAAACCCUCCAAAAGCUUACUGAUGAAAGUGAUGUGACAAUAAUUAUUGCUUAGUCUGAAAUAAUGAAACAUUAACACAUGCAUGAAUAUCCCUUGACAGCUGCAAAAUCAUAUUACAAGAAUAUUAAUUUUAAUUAAUUUUCUCAAUAGUUUUGUGAAUGACUUCAUGCUCAUCACAACCUGACAUCACUUAGUGUUCAAUCUUUUGUACUUCUCAUGGAUAUCCGAGUGACAAAAGUCGAUACACAUGCAAGCUUCAUACAUAUGAUUAGAAAUAUACGAGAAUUGUGUUCUGCAUUUGAGAGUUAAAGUAGUUGGUAAUGCUUUACCUCCCCCAUCUCUCUAGCUGCCAUGGUUCAAAUCCCCAAAGUCUACGAUUUCGCGAUAUCGUGAUAAGUAAGUAGUACAUUAUUAUCACGGACCUAGAGGUUUAAUUAUGACACUAGUGUGGAAUCAUUAGCCUGUAUGUAUGUAUAUAUUGUCUGAUUGGAUCAAGAUCCUGCAAUUUGCCAAGUAACACGACAGCACAGUUGAUCAAAUUCAUCAGGGAAAAAAUUGUUUGCUGUAAUGACAACCCAACAACGAAAAAUUAAUCAAAGUGGGACUGCGGGCAGCAGAAAAAGCCGAAAGACAAAGAUAUCAUGCGCCAGAAAUAGAGAAUAACAUGCCCGAUCCUGGGAGGAAAGGAAAACUUGUCCGCUAAUCCACAUUGUGAGUCCCUAAUUAAUACAUAAAAUACAGCUGCCCCAAAAUCUCCGCCAGUUCAAGUACAGCUGUGGCUCGACGGCGCCGGAUUAUUGCCAGAAGGUCGGCAUCAGAGCCGACGGCGGCGAGGGUUGAUGAAUCCAGAGGCUGUGCAAUUAGCGGCCAUACAUUCUGCCAAGCUGGUGGUAUGUGCCUUCAUCAUGGAUUGCUCUCAUUGACUUAGGUGGGGCCUGCGACAACCCAAAUCGGUUAAUGGCGGGCCCACUAAAUUGUGUUGAUGGAUACUCGUACCCCUAAAUUAACAAAGGCUGCAAAUGAGCCGAGUUUUGUUUAGUUCAAGCUCUUCGUAUUAAUAAACGAGUCGAGUUUGUCGUUGUCUUGUUUACUAAAAAUUUGGCUCUUGUUUUUCUCGAACCUGUCUAAUUAAUGAACUUGCGAGCUUUUUACUUAAUCCUGACUCGUCAAUAAGAUCACGAGUUCGACUAAUUUAUUCUAAAUGGUUGAUCCCUUAACCUUAAUAUUUGUAUUUCAUGUAUAAUACAUGUGUUCUAUGUCAUGAUGAAGAAAAUAACAAUAGUCAACUUUUCUUCAUUAAUUGAUCUCACGUUUAUAUGCACUAUUGGUAUCGUGCUGUUAAGUUCUUAUCAUGUCAUUUCAUAUAGUAAUUAGCAUCUUACGAAAUUUAUGGUACAUAAUUUCUCUUUUAAAUUUUAAUAAGACGUACGAUGCACUCAAGUACUCACUGUCUUAAAUAUCAUGUAGGAAGAGAUAUAGAAUUUAACAAACCUACGAAAUAUCAACAAGUCAGCUCAUAAGAUAUAGAUUGAUUCGCUCAUAAACUGGUAGUCAAGUUGGCUCACUAGUCACAAUGUUGAGACUUGAGAUAUCAUGAGUAAAAAAAAAAAUUCAACUAACGAGGUGAGAUCAACAAGCCAUUGAGUCGAAUUGACUUGCGAGACUCGCUAGCUGAACCAGACUUAGUUCAAACUCAACUCAUUAAUAAACGAGUCGAGUUUAGAACGAGAUUUUCUGAAUCAAAUAUUGAGCAGUUAGUGAACAACUCAGCUCACUUGCAACCCCCAGGUGACAUGUACUAUAAUAUGCAAACCGAUUACUUGCAGUGAGUAGCCAAUAUUGGAGCAGUUAAUGGCUAUAUUUGUUUGUUUAUUUAAGUUUGAAACGAGGAAGAAUUAAUUAGAUUAGGUUUCUUAGUUUGUUCAUGAUUUAACGAGGCGGUUGAGAGAAGGAAUAAAAAUCUUGAGGAUUUGAUUUGAUUCGAGUACUCUUAGUUGCUCUCAUGAAAUUAGGAGCCAUGACUUAGGAAUGAUGGGGAAGACAGGUGCUACCUAUGCAUAUUGAACGGCGGGUCAACUUCGGUAUUAAUGUUGGGCAUAGGUUAAUUGGUUCAAAGUCAAUUCAAUUCUCAAUAUAUUAGCAGGUGUUGAUGUGACUUGAAUCGGACUAUCAGCUGUUACGACUGGCAGUCGGGGGUCUCGCUGGAGAAGUUAUGGGUUUGAUCUGUAACCGUUUCCUUUGCCAGAUUGGAUUAGUUUUAGACCCACAUGGAGAAGUACUAUAAAUACUUCUCAUACUCCUCUGUAAUCUGUAAUAUCCUCGAUAUAGUAAAACUGGCUCUCUCUCGCCUGUGGACUAGCUAACACACAUCGUGUUAGUGAACCACGUAAAUCGUGUAUCUGUGUUUUUCGAUUCUCGCUUUCGUAUUCUUGCUUUAUCGAUUCCGGCAAUUUCCUGAUCCGUAGCAGCGCGUUUAUAACAGCGGGAAAUAUAUGCAACCAUCUAAAAUUCUUUAUAUGCAAAAUUGAGCGGCUCAAAUAAUAAUACGACUGAAAGGACCAAAAUUAUUGGAGAAAUGAUUCAAAUGAGGGUCAUCGUAAACGAUUCGAGUUGAGUUUUCAUAAAGUUUUCAUCCGAUUCAUUAAUAAAUGAGUCGAGUUCGAGCUUGGCCUGUCUACAAAAACCUUGAUUUGUGUUUGAUUCGAGCUCUACCUCAGGUAUCAUAUCAUUUGGUUCAUAAUUAUUAAUUGUUCAUAUCAUGUUAUUUAUAACAAUUAAUAUAUGAGCAAUUUAUGAUACACUAGACAUAUUUAAACACGUGCUCAAAUUCGUAGAAUGGUGAGAUACAUAAAAUGUAAAAACCUAUGAAUUAUCAACAAACCAAUGAUAAACCGUUGAUCAAUUCGCUCAUAAGUUGCAAGUUGCGGUGACUCGCUAGCCAUAUUGUCGAGCUAUCCCAUAGCUCAAAUCGCACUAGCUCAUGAGUUGAGCUCAACAAGCCACCGAGUCGAGCUGACUUACGAGUCUUAUAAGCCAAACACGGGUUAGUUCAUAUUUGACUCGUUAGUACCAAGUCGAGUGUCAAACGAGCUUUUUCAUUUACACAACCCUAGGAGAUAGUAAGUUGUAACCACAUUAUAGACGAGUCAAAAUAACCGCACAAAAAAAAAUCGAGCCCUGGGCCAUUUUAUCCCAAUUUCACUGGGCCAAAAUGUACAUAGGCUACAGAGCUUCUAAUGUGACGACGAGACCAAGUGAUUCAUUUUCCUCCCUCCGAUCAAUUAUGGGCCCAAAGCCUUUGAUGCCCAAUCUUCACCAUCAGCUCCAACUUCUUGAAGCCCAAUCGGAACGACCGUAGCCAGGACAGACAAAAGGAUGUACGCAAGUAACUCCACGGAAACCGCCAUGGAAUCUUCCAUAUCGUUCUCGCAUCAGCAGUAGAAGAACACAGGAAUCGAAAGAAAGGCUAACUAGUGAAGGUCUGAGAAGAGAUUACCUUCGCCCUCAAGCUUCCAAGUUCCCGUUACCGCUUGCAGAAGAAUCGCUAUUUCCAACUUGGAUCCGUAACGCCGUUGCGCACCGCUCUUCGGAGCUCCGUCUGAUAGAUCCUCAUCCGUCGCCGCCGUCCGAUGUCGUCCCCGGGAGAGUACUAUCAUUCUCUUCCACCCAUCACCAAGGCUUAUGGCACCGUGUGCCUGGCGGUUACUACAGUAUGUUCGCUCAAGCUGCUUCAUCCGGCGUAUAUAGCAUUGAUAUAUGAGGACGUGUUGUACCGAUUUCAGGUGUGGAGGCUUUUUACUAGCUUCUUCUUUCUUGGGAAUUUCUCCAUCAAUUUCGGUAUUCGCCUCUUGAUGAUAGCAAGAUAUGGUGUUCAAUUGGAGCAGGCAACAUUCGACAGGCGUACCGCUGAUUUUCUCUGGAUGAUGAUCUUCGGAGGCCUGACUCUUCUGGGUCUGUCUGCCAUCCCUUUUCUGUGGAACCCUUUCUUGGGCAUUUCACUUGUGUUCAUGCUGCUUUAUGUCUGGAGUAGAGAGUUCCCAAAUGCUCAAAUCAACAUAUAUGGCCUGCUGAAUAUUAAGGCAUUUUAUCUACCCUGGACCAUGCUUGCCCUGGAUGUUAUUUUCGGGUCUCCAAUUUUGCCCGAUCUUCUGGGAAUCAUCGCGGGUCAUUUCUACUACUUCUUGACGGUGUUGUACCCGCUCUCAACUGGGAAAACCUAUCUGAAGACCCCAAGAUGGGUACAGAAGCUGGUGAGAAGAUACAAAAUAGGAGCUCCAGCAACAGUGAACUCCCGAGCGGCAGCUCAGCCCGAGCAGCAGCCGGGCACAGGAUCAGCCUUCAGGGGAAGAUCCUAUAGACUCAGUGAUUAGUCAGUUUUCUUCUCACCCUUUUGUUAGGAAUGUCGAUACAAAAACUAAGGAAGCAGGUUGUAAAGAAGCUUGUCAGAGGGAGUUGAAGAGAAUCAAUCUGCUCGAUUUGUUGAUCCUUUACUUAUGGAGCUGUGGGUAGCGUUUUUAUGCGUCAUCGGUGUUUAUUUCACGAGGCCGGAAUCCAGUCCUUGUCUAAACAGAGGGAUGAAGUAGUUCAUUUGUUGGGCAGAUUGAUUUUCUUUUCAUUACUUGCAUUAUUUACUCUCUAAUUGUGGAGAUUUCGAAAUAUGAUUCUCCUGGAACUUCCGUAUCCUCAUGCUAUGUCACAUGGUUUCAGGCUAUCUAUACAGAGUAAAUUGUAAACCACAAGAACAAUUACAAUUUUUGAGGUUAUGGUAAUCUACUUAUUAUGUCAGAACUAAAGACAAACGUUAGCACUCGCCGAGUAGCAUCGACUAGUUUGAAGCCAUCACUUAUGGAAUAUCUUCGUCUUAUUAUUUUUAUAUAUUGCUUCACUCUUAAAAUUGAUUAGAAACGCCUCAAUGAACAUGUCAAUGUCUC